AUGUCCCAACCACCAUCAGGAUAUCCACAAGGCUACGGUGCCUACCCAGGUGCCUACCCUCCACAGCAACAGCCAGGCGCCUACCCUCCACAACAGCCAGGUGCCUAUCCACCUCAGCAGCCAGGUGCCUACCAACAACAGCCAGGUGCCUAUCAGCAGCCAGGUGCCUACCCACCUCAGCAGCCAGGUGCCUACCCUCCACAACAACCAGGUGCCUACCAAACUCAAGGCUACCCACAGGCUUACCCUCAGCAGCAACAGCCAGGUGCCUACCCACCUCAGCAACCAGGUGCCUACCAGCAGCCAGGUGCCUACCCACCGCAACAGCCAGGUGCCUAUCCACCUCAACAACCAGGUGCCUACCCACCACAACAGGGCUACCCUCCCGCCCAGCAGCCAGGUGCCUACCCACCACAACAGCCAGGUGCCUAUCCUCCACAACAGGGAUACCCACCCGCACAGCAGCCAGGCUAUCCACCCGCUGGCUACCCUCCUGCUGGCUACCCAUCUGCUCAGCCAGGUUAUUCACCUGCCCAACCAGGCUACCCACCCGCAACAGGCUCCCCUAUAGUUGCAACACCAGCAGUCGGAGUUGCUCCAGUUGCCGCAGUUGGAGUUGCUCCAGUGGCCGCAGUUGGUGUCGCUGUUGCACCAGUGAUGGCCGUAGCUGCUCCACCCGUUGCCUUUGCCUUUGUGAUGCCCUGUGCCAUCAGACACGAUCUCAGAAGAGAUGCUGAUCAACUUAGACGUGCCAUGAAGGGAAUUGGAACGGAUGAGCAUACUUUGGUUGAGAUCAUUGGAAACCGUAACUUGGAGGAGCGUAUGGAGAUUGUUCGUGUGUACAGCAGCACCAUCUACAGAGACCUCAUUAAGGAUAUCAAGUCAGAGACCUCUGGAAACUUCAAGAAGUGUUUGGUGGACCUCUUGACUGACCCAGCCUAUUAUGACGCCGAGAUCCUCUACGACGCCAUGAAGGGUGUGGGCACCAACGAGCAUGCCUUGACUGAGAUCCUGGUCACCAGAAGCAAUGCUCAGAAGCAAAGGAUAUUCAACAUCUUCAACAAUGAGCACCACAAGAGUCUCCAUCAUUGGGUGUCGUCCGAGACCUCUGGUCACUACAAGCACCUUUUGGAGAAGCUGCUCGAGUUCCGUGAUGAGUCGUGGGUUGUCGAUCCAAACCUGAUCAUCAGAGACGUUGAUGAGCUGUACUAUGCUGGUGAAGGUCGCGUUGGCACUGACGAGAAGGUGUUUAUCAACAUCCUGGCCAAGCGUAACUUUAUGCACAUUCGUGAGUUGUGUCGCGUCUACCCAACAAUGCACAAGCACAACCCACUCUCCAAGGUGAUUGACAGCGAGUUCUCGCUGGACAUCAGAUCGGGUCUGCAAGCCAUCCUCUUCUUUGCCAACGACUCAUUCGGAUACUUUGCCUCCAUCCUCAACAAGGCCAUGGCUGGUGUUGGUACCAACGAUGACAAGCUGAUCCGUAACGUCAUCUACUGUCAACCCUUCAUGCCAGAGCUCAAGAAGGUCUAUCUUGUCAACUAUGGAAAGACUCUGCAUCACCACAUCUCCAACGAUUGCUCUGGAGAUUACAAGAAGUUGUUGCUUGAGCUUGUUGGCCAUUAA